GAACAUAUCCAACGUACUCAAUUGUUAAUGUGGGACGGACCCUUGCUUGCUGGUGCUUGCGCCGCAUGAAUGGUGCUGCACCAAAAUUCGCAUCAGGGAAUCCAGGCAUCGCGGUCCGAGUACGGAAAUCUGAGAGUGUCUACGUUACACCCAUCUCGAAAAUCCUCUCUGGCAUCACGACGUCACUCCCCGCAUCGAAUGUGAUGGAUAUCCAACCUACCAGCUUGCUUCUGUCGUGGACGAUCAUCUGAUGCAGAUUUCGCAUGUUGUACGUGGUGAAGAAUGCCUUCCAUCCACCCCCAAACACUUGGCAAUCUACAAUGUCUUUGGAUGGGACGAGCCCAAGUUUGCUCAACUACCACUCCUGACAAACAUCGAAGGCAAGAAAUUGAGCAAGAGCGAGAGCGAUGCAAAUGUGGGCAUGUAUAUCAAAGAGGGAUAUCUGCCUGAGGCGCUAUUGAGCUUUGUUGCAUUGAUGGGAUGGGGAGCUCCGAUGACAAUCAAGAAUCAGGCGUUUACGCUGGAGGAGAUGGCAAACGCGUUCAGGCUUGAUAAAGUCACAAAAGGUUCAACUGUGGUGGCACCAGGAAAGCUUGUCUUCCUGAACAAGAGGCAUCUGUCCAGGCGUCCAGAUCAUGGUGCAGGUUGGGUUUAUGAAGUUGUGAAGCCGACAUUGACGGAGAAAUUCGCAAAAGGGGAGGAAUGCGACACGUAUGAAGGAGGGGCUUCCAUCCUGCUUGGCGCAGAGUACGUGAAGAAGGUCUAUGCGCUUGUUUACGAACGGUUACGAAAACACACUGACCUCCCAGAAAGCUGUGAUUAUUUUUGGAUGAAUCUGCAUGAAAGCUCCAGACCUGAGGUGGCAGCCAAACUCGAGCCGUUCGGGGCAGCUGGAAUGCCCUGUUACAACUCUUCUCAAGUACUUUGGUGCAAUCGAGACAUGGGAUGAGAUAAACAUUAACAACACUAUUGAUGCUACUUGGGCAGGGGUUGAGGGAAAGGAUCAGGUGCAUGGUAUCUUCAAGAAGAAGGACUUGUUGAUGAGUCUUAGGGUAUGUGUCUGUGGAGGUAAGAUGGGAG